UCCGACCCUGCAGACCGCCAUGCGUGCUCCUUUAAGCAAGUGCGAACCCGCCCACUUCUUCAAGUUCAUCAAAGAAGGUUCCCUGUUCCAACAGUCAAUACCUGAAUCAAUUAGAAAAUACAUAAAAGGGAGAAGUAGCAACGAAACAGCCGUUUUGAAAAGAGGGUCUCAAAAAUGGUCGGUGAAGGUUAUCGAUUGGGUGUUUGGCAAAGGUUGGGAUAUAUUCGUGAAAGAAAACGGCGUGGAAGAAUAUGACAUCGUUGUUUUUAAGCAUGAAGGAAAUAUGGUUUUUGAUACCAUGGUUUUCGACCCUUCAUUUUGCGAAAGGGAAUAUCCAAAUGCUCGCGUUACAAUAUCAUCGAGGAAUUGUGAAAAUGACACCAAUGCACCGAAGAAGAUCCCAAAAGAGAAGGAUCCGGUUCCGGAUCAUAUUCAUCAUCCUUAUUUUAUCGGCACGUUGAACUCUAAAGAUACGCGAUAUAAACUGUAUGUUCCAAUCAAUUUCGUAAGGGCAAACCGAUUAAGCACUGGAGGGAUGAUUCUUAGAUAUGGUCAAAGUCAAACGUCGUGGAUGGCUGAGAUAAGGAUUCGUGCGAAUAGUUACAUAAUAGGAGGAUGGCAUGAUUUUUAUAUUGAAAAUGGGCUAAAAGAAGGAGACCAGUUUAAGCUUGAACUCAUUCAAUCUGGGACCAAACCUGUUGCAAUUUAUUAUAAUCUUGGCACCAAUGAGUCUGAAUCUCCUGGAAAGGCGAUAACUCCUAACUUUGUUCGCACUUUGCGUGGAUCUUCUAACGCACAAGUUCGCUUGUAUAUUCCGAAGGAAUUUGCUUUACAAAAUGGAUUAACUAAUGGAGAAUUGAUCCUAAAAGAUGUGAAAAAUGAAGGCGCGUGGACCGUUAACAUAAGCAACCAUUUGGGCAGAUUCUACUACAUUCAUACAGGAUUGAAGGAAUUCUGUAUUGCAAAUGGCUUAAAGAAAGGAGAUCAUGUUAAAUUUGAACUCAUCCGGAGCGGGAAAAAGCCAACUGCCAUUGUUUCAAUGUACAAGAAUGAAGGGGCUUCUGUGCAGUCGCUCCGAACCGCUUGCUAUUCGGUGAAGUUGUGAUUCGGGUCAAACAUGCUUAUAAACUAGAAGAGCAUGAUCAUGAGGUGUUGAAGAAGAAAAGUGAUUGCUGUUUGUAAUGGAAUUAAGUUGAGAUUUUAGCCUCAGUUUGCCCAGAUGUUUUUUUCUUUCUUUUUGUGUAUAUGGAAUAAUUGACCAAAUCUGUUAACUUAUUUACAGAAUUGCCAUGUUCCUUAUAAUCUAAGAAGUCAAUGUACA